UUACAACAACAGCAGCAAUUCCCACAGAGACCAUCUCUAUCAGCAGUGCAGACACCAUCCCACCCUCCCCCUCCUUACCCAUUUGGCAGCCAGCAGGCAUCCCAAGUUCACUCUAAUUUCCCUUCUAUGGCCAACUCAAACCAGUUCAACACACCUCCAAUGAAACCAAUGCAGGGGGGACCUCCAAGGGUACUGACUCCAUUGCAGCAACCCCAUCUCUCCAAAUCUCCAGCCUCAUCUCCUUCCUUCCAGCAGAGCUCACCUGCAUCGUCCCCCACAGUAAACCAAACCCAGCCACAGACCAUGGGACCACGACCAGGACAAGGCAGUUCAUUGCCUCAGGGUUUCCCACAACAGACUGUCAGCUCUCCAGGGCGCAGUAGUGUGAUGCCACAGGGGAGCACAGCAGGAAACUUUAUGAUGCAGCAGAAUCAGGGUCCACAGGGUAUUCAUGCAGGAGUCGUUAAGCGGCUGCCGCCUGGCUUUGCUUCAGGGCAAACAAAUGCCAAUUUUCUGCAGGGACAGACCCCACCCAGCAAUGCAGGGUCACCAACGAAUGGUGCCACGGCUCAGCAGCAAGCUGGUCAAGGAGCAGGUGGUCAGGCAAAUGGAUCAUCCCAUGGUCAGCUACAAGGGUCUCAUAGUGGUGCCAAUGUGAUGCAGACUAAUCUUAUUGGACUUCAUAAUAACCUGAAUAGCCAGCAAACCAGUGGCAGUGGUGUGAGUCAAGUUAGUAUUGGUGGACUGCAUGGGCAGGCCCAGCAAGGACCACAGUCCCAAAUUCUUGGCAUGCAUCAGCAAAUCAUUUCCUCCCAGGGACAAAUGGUUAGCCUUCAAGGACAGACUUCUCUGAACACCCAAGGUCAGCUGGUACUCUCAAGAACACAGCUUAUGUCACAGGGACAGAUGCUGGCAGGAUCUCAAAAUAUGGGUCAGGCACCUCAGAGGAUGACACCCCCGAAGCAAAUGAUUCCUCCUCACAGUCAGAUGAUGGCAGCCCAGAAUCAGGCUAUAAUGCAGCAGAAUCCUGUAAUGGAGCAGAUAAUGCAGGGAAAUAAACAAGGAUUCAACAAUCAAAACCCAGGGAGUAUCAUGGCAGGACCUAGUCAGAUAAUAAGGGGUCCAGCCUCUGGUCUGCCUAACAAUAUGAUUCAGUUCUCAGGGCAGGCUGUUUCCCAGCAGGGGCCAGUGGGU